AUGGCCUCCAUCCCAGCUAAUCCGGGUUCGUUACCCCGCCAUAGUGAUCGUGAAGCACCAGGGCAAAAAUAUGAACUCGAAGUGGAUACCUCGAACCCUGGCGAAGUAUUCAAGUUCCAACUUUACAGCUUGACCGGUGUUGAGCCCGACAGGCAAAAGAUCCUCGUCAAGGGCGGCCAGCUCAAGGAUGAUACCGAUAUGACCAAGCUUGGACUCAAGGCUGGCCAAACUAUCAUGAUGCUCGGUACGCCCUCGGGGUCCGGUGGAGAUCUCGUGCGGCCCAAGGAGCCCGUCAAAUUUGUUGAGGAUAUGACAGAGGCCGAGGCGGCGCAGCAGCAGGGCGCCACGCCGGCCGGCCUUGUCAAUUUGGGCAACACUUGCUACCUCAACUCGACACUCCAGACCUUUCGAGCCAUCCCUGAGCUCCAAAAUGCUCUUAUCAAGUAUGGGGAGCCGAGCAGUCGUGCGUCAGAUGUUGUGGCAGACCUCCGUGAUCUCUAUAAGCGCAUGGGCCAGACACAGGGAAGCCUAGAACCUAGCGGGUUUCUGAACACUCUCCGCGCAGUUUUCCCCCAGUUCGCCGAGCGUUCCCGGUCUAGCAAUGUGUACGCGCAGCAGGAUGCCGAGGAGGCAUGGUCGCAAAUCCUGGCGCAAAUUCGAGCUAAGCUACAGAUUCCCGGAGAAGGUUCCUCAACCACGUUCGUCGACAGGCACAUGACAGGCAGCUUCAUCUCGGAGCUCAAAUGCGACGAGGAGGGUGGUGAGGUGCCGAUUGAGUCCACUGACCAGUUCCUCAAACUGAACUGCCACAUCACGGCCUCGACCAACCACUUGAGGGACGGUAUCGCCAACGCAUUAACAGAGAAGAUCGAGAAGAACUCGGAGGCACUUGGGAAGGAAACCACGUUCACUAAGACGUCCAAGAUCUCGAGGCUGCCACAAUACUUGACGGUGCACUUUGUGCGAUUCUUUUGGAGGCGUGACAGCCAGAAGAAAGCUAAAAUCAUGCGCAAGGUCUCAUUCCCCAAGGAACUCGAUCUCGUCGAAUUCUGCACAGAUGAUUUGAAGAAGCUUCUCGCACCCGUCCGUGACAAGGUUCGGGAGAUUCGCAAAGACGAAGAAGAUAUUGAGCGAGUCCGCAAGCGGCGCAAGAUUCGUGACGCCGGCGCCGAUGAUGCGGGUGCUGCGGGAGAGGCCAAAGAUAAGGAAAAGGACAAGAAUGCCAAGAAGGAUGACAAGGCGGGCGCUGACGGCGAUACCGAAAUGACAGAGACGUAUAAGACGGACGCUGAGGUUGAUGCAGAGCGGGACGCUGCUCUUCUAGCGGCUAAAAAAGAGCUCCAUGCCCUCAUCAGCCCGGAGCUUCUCCACGAUACAGGCGCGAAUCAGUCAGGCAUUUACGAUCUGAGAGCCGUCAUCACGCACCAGGGCUCCAGCGCAGACAGCGGACACUACACGGCAUACGUCAAAAGACAGCGCCCGUGGACCCCAAGACGGAUUAGCGAGGUGGAGGGUGACAAGAUUGAGACUCUAGCCGGCGGCGGUGAGUCUCACUCAGCCCUUAUCCUUCUGUAUAAGGCAAUUCCACUUCCCCGUGCUAGUGGCGUCAUUGAGGAGUAG